AUGCGGACAGGCGGGCGGCGGUGCGGCGCGGUGCGCUGGCAUGGCGCGCUGGCGUGCGCGCCGGCGUGGUGCGCUGGCGUGCGCGCUGGCGAGACGCGCUGGCGGGGCGCGCUGGCGUGGGCGCUGGCGUGCGCGCUGGCGUGCGCGUUGGCGGGCCUGCUGGCUAGGGCGUUGGCGGGCCUGCUGGCUAGGGCGCUGGCGGGCCUGCUGGCUAAGGCGCUGGCGGGCGUGCUGGCUAGGGCGCUGGCGGGCCUGCUGGCUAAGGCGCUGGCGGGCCUGCUGGCUAGGGCGCUGGCGGGCCUGCUGGCUAGGGCGCUGGUGGGCCUGCUGGCUAAGGCGCUGGCGGGCCUGCUGGCUAGGGCGCUGGCGGGCCUGCUGGCUAGCGUGCUUAUAGCAGGCGAAGGAGGGGGGGGUUUCACGCCAAGGCUACCAGUGUAA